AUGCGACAUUUGAAGAAUUAUCCCAGACAAGGCGUCUACAUUUACUACAUAAUGUUAUUGGACUUGACAAAUGGCAUUUUCGGGUCUCCCAGUCAGCUAAUAAGAGAAUUAGAUGAUAAAUCCCUAAACAAGCAGUUGCUGCACAAUCGGCUGAAGAGAAGUUGGGUAUGGAACCAGUUCUUUGUUUUGGAGGAGUACACGGGAACAGAUCCUCUCUAUGUUGGAAAGCUUCAUUCAGAUAUGGAUGAAGGAGAUGGCUCAAUAAAAUACAUACUCUCUGGUGAUGGGGCAGGAAUCACGUUCACGAUUGAUGACACAACAGGUGACAUCCACGCCAUACAAAGACUGGAUAGAGAAGAACGAGCCCAGUAUACCCUCAGAGCCCAGGCUUUGGAUAGAAGGUCUAAUAGACCUAUGGAACCAGAGUCGGAAUUUAUCAUUAAAAUACAAGACAUAAAUGACAAUGAGCCCAAGUUCCUGGAUGGACCUUACACAGCUUCUGUACCAGAGAUGUCACCAGUUGGUACCUCUAUUAUCCAGGUGUCAGCAACAGAUGCAGACGAUCCUACUUAUGGAAGCAGUGCAAAGGUUGUAUACAGUAUUGUGCAAGGACAGCCAUAUUUUUCUGUGGACUCGAAAACAGGCAUAAUUAGAACAGCUUUAACAAACAUGGACCGAGAAGCAAAAGAGUAUUACGAAGUGAUUAUCCAGGCCAAAGACAUGGGUGGACAGCUGGGGGGAUUAGCUGGAACGACCACGGUUAAUAUCACUCUCAGUGAUGUGAAUGACAAUCCACCCAGAUUUCCUCAAAAACACUACCAAAUGACCGUUUUAGAAUCAUCACCUGUAAACUCAACUGUUGGAAGAGUUCUAGCAAUGGACUUAGAUGAAGGAGUAAAUGCAGAAAUGAAAUACACCAUUAUAGAUGGAGAUGGACCUGAGAUGUUUGAUGUUUCAACAGACCCAAUAUACCAAGUUGGAGUAAUCACUGUUAAAAAGCCAUUGGACUUUGAAAGCAAAAAAAGCUACAUCCUGAAAAUUGAAGGUUCAAACCCACACAUUGAAGUACGUUUUUCUAACCUGGGUCCAUUUCGCGACACCACAACCCUGCACAUUAGUGUUGAAGAUGUGGAUGAGCCUCCUGUGUUUGAAUCUAGUCAUUAUUUUGUGGAAGUCUCAGAAAAUGUAGAUAUUGGUACAACAAUACAGAUUGUUUCUGCCAGGGAUCCAGACGCAACUAAUAACUCAGUCAGGAACAGUGAUCCUGGAAGAUAUUUCUAUGUUGAUAUUACCACAGGAGCACUGAUGACAGCAAGGCCUUUAGAUAGGGAAGACGUCGCUUGGCAUAAUCUCACACUCUUAGCAAUGGAGAUGAAUAACGCCGCACAGGUUGGAAGUGUUCCUGUCACCAUAAAAAUCCUCGAUGUUAAUGACAAUUCUCCAGUCUUCACCAAAUUUUUUGAGACAUUCAUGUGUGAAAAUGCAAAGGCUGGACAGAGUCGGCAGACGGUGUGCCUCCGCUUCCGAGGACCACCUCAGCCAGAGCCGGAGCCGCUCAUCCCAGAGUUGCCUACUCCACCUGAGAGAUGGGAGGAACACCAAACCACCGACCUCCCUGCCUGUGGCCUAUGUGAGAUCCCAGAAGGUCUUUGCUAUGGCCCUGUCUCCCAGCCGAAAGGUCGGGCAGAUACUUCCCAGCUUCCUUCAGAGCGAGAAACAUGUACCACCGUAAGCAACAUGUGGCUUCAGCUUCUCUGA